AUAUAGUAAGGAGUGGUCUCUUUCCUGUCCUCGGCUCACUUCUUCAUCAUCCUUGUCGUGUGGAGAGGGAAGUCAUAUAAAAGCACAAGGCUUGGUGAGUGUGCUGGAGAGGAGCGUUGGAGCGGGACAGUGAGAGGCGAUGUCCCGCUGCAGUCUGAGGGCCCGUCUGGCUCAGUGUCUGUCCGGACAGGUCAGAGCUACUCACACGGGACAGGUACCUACUGUCAGGAAGGACAACUCUGCCGUACGGCCCUUCAAUGAGAUUCCCGGACAAUGGAAGAACAGUGUGGCCAAUCUGUACACGUUCUGGAAAAUGGACGGGCUCAGGAAUAUCCACCGGAUUAUGGUGCACAAUUUCAAUAUGUACGGUCCCAUUUACAGGGAAAAAGUUGGAUACUAUGAGAGUGUGAACAUCAUCAAACCUGAAGACGCUGCUGUCCUGUUCAAAGCUGAGGGUCAUUAUCCCAAAAGACUCAGGGUGGAGGCGUGGACCUCCUACAGGGACUACAGGAACCGCAAAUAUGGCGUCCUGCUCAAAGACGGAGAAGACUGGAAAUCCAACAGGAUCGUUCUGAACAAGGAGGUGAUUUCUCCAAAGGUGCAGGGGAACUUUGUACCUCUGCUAGAUGAGGUCGGUCACGACUUUGUGGCUCGUGUCUAUAAGAAGAUCGAGAGGAGUGGACAGAAUGAAUGGACCACAGAUCUGUCCCAUGAGCUCUUCAAGUAUGCACUCGAAUCUGUGAGUCACGUGUUGUACGGUGAGCGUUUGGGUCUGCUGUUGGACUACAUCGAUCCAGACGCCCAGCACUUCAUCGACUGCAUCACCCUCAUGUUUAAGACCACCUCGCCCAUGCUGUACUUCCCACCGGCCCUACUCCGCCACACUGGCUCCAAAAUCUGGAAGGACCACGUGGAGGCCUGGGACGGCAUUUUUAACCAGGCUGACCGAUGUAUCCAGAGCAUCUACAGACAGCUGAGGAAAAACCCAGAGGACGGUGAGAAGUAUCCUGGAGUGCUGGCCAGCCUCCUAAUGCUGGACAAACUGUCCAUCGAGGACAUAAAGGCCAGCAUCACGGAGCUGAUGGCCGGCGGAGUGGACACGACGUCUAUCACGCUGUUGUGGACGCUCUAUGAAUUGGCGCGACAUCCGGACCUGCAGGAGGAGAUCCGGGCGGAAAUCUCAGCCGCUCGUAUCGCCUCACAAGGAGACACGGUGGAGAUGCUCAAGAUGGUUCCUCUGCUUAAAGGAGCCUUGAAGGAAACUCUGAGGUUACAUCCUGUAGCAGUGAGUCUACAGAGAUAUAUCACUGAGGACAUCGUCCUUCAAAACUACCACAUUCCAGCUGGGACCUUAGUUCAGCUGGGUCUGUACGCGAUGGGUCGUGAUCACCGGAUCUUCCCGCACCCGGAGCAGUACCGUCCCUCUCGCUGGGUGCGAUCCCAGAGCCACUACUUCAGGGGCCUGAGCUUCGGCUUUGGCCCGCGCCAGUGUCUGGGCCGCAGGAUCGCCGAGACCGAGAUGCAGCUCUUCCUUAUUCACAUGUUGGAGAACUUCAGGUUUGAAAAGAAGAGGCAGGUGGAGGUGAGGAGCACGUUUGAGCUCAUCCUGCUGCCUGAGAAGCCCAUCAUGCUCACUAUCAAACCGCUGAACUCCAGCAGAUAGCAGAGCUGCAAACAGGAAAUGAUGUCAAAGACAGAACCAGAUGGAACUCUGAGCUUUGAAGAAAGAAAAAUAUCAACUCUGACAUGAAAUGCCUGUCAAAUGUUUGGACUCAAUUUAUGUUUCUCAUGAUCCUAAAAUUUCAAUUCUUUCAUCAUUUACUCACCCUCAUGUUGUUUCAGAUCUUUAUAAGUUUCUUUCUUCUUUGGAACGCAGAAGAUAUUUUAAAGAAUGUUGGGAACACUGAGACAUUUUUUAAAGAAUCCUCCACAGAAGAAAGAAAUAUUUUGGAAUGACAUUAAUAAGAGUCUUUUCAUUCUAAUUUUUAAACUAAUUUUUCUUAGCUAUUCUACUCAUUUGUUUCACUUUUCUAUUAUUCUAAAAUAUUAUUAAUAAAGAAUGGGUAUAGCAGGUGUGCCCACAUUUUUGACUGGCACUAAAUGUCAGGCUGUUUUGUUAUAUUUAUUUCAGAAAAGCAAA